GCUGGCGCCCCCUCCGCGAACAGACGGAGGAGUUUGGGCUUAGUUUUCUCCUCCUCGGAAGGAUGGCGGCGGUGAGGGUAGUGAGCGGGGCUGGGAGUGAGGAAGGGGUGCCGGGAGCCCCUGUUGCUUGUCCCUUUUGGGGUGGCUGUUAGGUAGGCUUGGGGAAGGCGGAGUUUGGGGGGCCGGGGGCGGGGCUCCUGUGCUGGGAGGAAGAGGGGGGGCGCGCUGGCUCCAGCUCCGCUCAGACAAAAGGCGGCGGCGGGAGCGGGCGGGAGGCGGAGCGGCGCCGCGAGGGCCUCAAGGUGACACCCGCCCCCGGCCCCGGCCCCCCCAGCCCGGCCCCCCAGCCCGCCUCCCCAUCCCCAUCCCCAAGCCCCUUACCCGUGGAGCCCUUUCCAGGCCCCCUCCCCCCGGCGGGGGGUGGGGAGCAGCGAGGGCCCCGCCCCCUCCCGCCCCCCUCCCCAGGGCCGGCGCAGGAUGCCCCCGGCCCCCGGCAGCCCCCCGGGAGGCCCUGAGCUCGACGCGCCCCCUCUACGCCAUGUCCCCCCCUGGCUCGGCCGCGGGAGAGAGCGGCGGCGGCGCCGGCGGCGGCGGUGGCGGCCCCGGGGUCCCGGAGGAGCCCACGGCGGCGGCGGCUACGGACGAGGGCCCCGCCCGAGAGGAGCAGCGUCCCAUCCAGCCCUCUUUCACCAAGUCCCUCUGCCGUGAGUCCCACUGGAAGUGCCUGCUGCUCUCGCUGCUCAUGUACGGCUGCCUGGGGGCGGUGGCCUGGUGCCACGUCACCACGGUGACCCGCCUCACCUUCAGCAGCGCCUACCAGGGCAACAGCCUCAUGUACCACGACAGCCCCUGCUCCAACGGCUAUGUCUACAUCCCCCUGGCCUUCCUGCUCAUGCUGUAUGCCGUCUACCUGGUGGAGUGCUGGCAUUGCCAAGCCCGCCACGAGCUGCAGCACCGGGUGGACGUGAGCAGCGUGCGAGAGCGCGUGGGCCGCAUGCAGCAGGCCACGCCCUGUAUCUGGUGGAAGGCCAUCAGCUACCACUACGUCCGCCGCACGCGCCAAGUCACCCGAUACCGCAAUGGAGACGCCUACACCACCACCCAGGUCUACCAUGAGCGCGUGAACACGCACGUGGCCGAGGCCGAGUUCGACUACGCGCGCUGUGGCGUCCGCGACGUGUCCAAGGCGCUGGUGGGGCUGGAGGGCGCGCCGGCCACACGGCUGCGCUUCACCAAGUGCUUCAGUUUCGCCAGCGUGGAGGCCGAGAACGCGUACCUGUGCCAGCGCGCGCGCUUCUUCGCCGAGAACGAGGGCCUGGACGACUACAUGGAGGCGCGCGAGGGCAUGCAUCUCAAGAACGUGGACUUCCGCGAGUUUAUGGUGGCCUUCCCCGACCCGGCCAGGCCGCCCUGGUACGCCUGCUCGUCCGCCUUCUGGGCCGCGGCGCUGCUCACGCUGUCGUGGCCGCUGCGCGUGCUGGCCGAGUACCGCACGGCCUACGCGCACUACCACGUAGAGAAGCUCUUCGGCCUGGAGGGCCCCGGCUCGGCGGGUGGCAGCGCCGGCGGCGGCCUCAGCCCCAGCGACGAGCUGCUGCCGCCGCUCACGCACCGCCUGCCGCGGGUCAACACGGUGGACAGCACGGAGCUCGAGUGGCACAUCCGCUCCAACCAGCAGCUGGUGCCCAGCUACUCGGAGGCGGUGCUCAUGGACCUGGCGGGGCUGGGCGCGCGCUGCGCUGGGGGAGCGGCCGGUGGCUACGCCCCCACCUGCCGCUACGGUGGGGUGGGUGGACCGGGAGCGGCGGGCCUGGCCCCGUACCGGCGCAGCUGCGAGCACUGCCAGCGCGCCGUCAGUAGCUCGUCCAUCUUCUCGCGCAGCGCCCUGAGCAUCUGCGCCAGCCCGCGGGCCGCCCCCGGGCCCGGAGGAGUCGGGGCGGGCUGCGGGGGCAGCCGCUUCUCUCUCGGCCGCCUCUACGGCUCGCGGCGCAGCUGCCUGUGGCGCAGCCGGAGCGGGAGCGUCAACGAGGCGAGCUGUCCCACCGAGCAGACGCGACUGUCCAGCCAGGCCAGCAUGGGGGACGACGAGGAGGACGACGACGAGGAGGAGGCCGGGCCGCCGCCGCCCUACCACGACGCCCUCUACUUUCCGGUGCUCAUCGUGCACCGGCAGGAGGGGUGUCUGGGCCACAGCCACCGGCCGCUGCACCGCCACGGCUCCUGCGUAGAGACUUCACUGUGACCCCGGGUCCCGGGACCGGCCCGACGGCCUCCUCCUUGCCCCUUGCCGGGACGGCGCGUCCCGCGGGUGGAGCAGGGGGGAGUCACGAGUGUGGCCGAGGCCGUGCUGGGAACGGCGCGGGUGGGGAGGUGGGAGGCGAGGGGGCGCGGGCCAGACUCAGACGGGGCCGAUCCGACCCCCCCACUUCCUGUACAUAAAGAAACAGCUGGGGGGAGGGGAGACAAUCCCACCCCCGCAGAGCCGUCUCUUCCAGGCCUGCCCGCCCCUGAGUUCCUAGGGGGUCACCUCCCUUUCCGACACACACACUCGCACAUUGGCGAUUCCCUGUCCCGCCUUUCAAUGGAUCCAAUGACUGUUACCUGGCGACUGCGCCCUGGAACCCGCCUUGGGCUCCGUCUCCAGGGAGAGGCCCUCGCUGUGCAGCUGGGGAGGUUUGGAGGCCGGAGGAGGGGGCGGGAAGGGCCGGCCGGCUUUCUUUCCUCGCUGCAGCCUGAUCCUGCGGGGGCCUCACUCUACCAAGGGGGCAGUGGUUCGGAGAACAGCAGGGCUGGCUUCCAACCAAGCUAAUGAAUUCAGUGGGUCUGAGGCCGGGGCCAGGUGUCAGCCGCGGUACUCCAUCUCAAAGCCCUGGAGAUGUUGCUCUCUUCUUCUUGGCGCUGGCCCCGACAAGAUCCGAAGAUCGGGGUUUCCUUUCCGCCACUCCCACCGCUGUUGUUUAUCUCCCUGGGCCCCCCCGGGGAGGUUGGGUCCUGGGGGGACCUGCUCACCACAGCUCUUCUUCCCCAGCCUGCUCCCUGGCUCUGAAGAGCUGUUGCCAGGGUGAGGGGGAAGGCAAACUGUGGAGGGCAGUGCACCUCAGUCAUUUAAACUUCACCUCCUUGCCUCUGUUCUGGGAGGGCACCCCCUUCAGGCGGCAUUCCUUUAAGCUGACCAAGGCGUCCGACUCAGCGGGGAGACUAGGAGACAGGCCUGGGUGACAACAGAGAACUCAGGAAGCAAGUGGGAGUCAAAGAGGAAAGGAUCAGAAAAGAUCCUCAAAGGUGGGGGUGUCCGUGGGGGCCGACCCUUGGCUCCCCCGUGUUCGUGGGGAGGAGUGGAUAGUGGUCGUCCUCAAGCUGAGCCUCUGCGGGGCUGAGGACCUUGUCACAAGCCCAGCAGGAAGCUCCGUUCCAUUGGUGGGGUCAGAGGCAGGAAUUUUCUAAAUCUUGCCCCAUCCCUCUGUCCUCCCCUAGCCCGUGAGCUGAAGCCCUGCUGUGUGUCCCAGGGUCUUCAAAGGGGCAUGCUGUCACCACCCCAGGGCGCUGGCCCCGUGUCCUGUCCCCCACCGCUCCUACCCUGAUGUGCUUCCGUGUGCAUGUCUGUGUACAAAACCCCUGCCCGCCCAGCUCCCCUGGCUAACGUUUUCCCAGCUGACUUAGCGCCCAGGGAGUGAGCUCACAUUUGCAGCCGGAGAGGAUAACCCUCAGCCUCGACAUGGCUCGCCGCUGAUGAUUCUCACUUCAUCUGAGCCAUCAGAGCCACUCCUCUCCCCUCUUCCUCCAGCCUGGCCAGGCCCACACCGCCCGGGGCGUGGCCUCCACCUAUGCAACAUCUCUGGCUCCCCUGCUCCCCUUCCCUGGGCAGUUGGGGGUGCACAGAUUGUGGGGACACCAUGGCCUGUGGCGCAUUGGGGUUGAGCUUAACUUUCAGGUGGAGAUGGCUGAGUGGGAAGGGGAGGAGGCCGGAGAAGGGGAUGCUUGGGCAGGAGGGGACAGCUGCCCACUAGGUUUCCCUGGGCAGCAGUGCCCACCUACCUGCCAGCACUGUGCUCUUCAGGGGCCUGGGGGUUGGAGCGCCCCUCUUUCCUUUGAAUGGAUGUCUGCGAGGUACAGGUGGCGAGCUGUGGCCUUGGCACCCAGUUCUUGGCCAGCUGGCACCCGGAUGUCACACCCUUGUCUGGGGCAUCCUGGCCACCUCAUGGCUCUGGGGAGGGAGGAACUCAGCUCCCUGCCUCAGGCAGAUGCCUGAGACAGAGCUUGAGCUGGGAGGAGGGGAGAGGGGAGGGGCUGUGAUUAUUUUUGCCUGUAUUGACCAUUUCUGCCUAGGUCCUCUCACACUGACAGCCUCACACCUCCCACAUACGCACAGACUUAGAGAGAAACCAAGUCUUUGGUCUAUUUUCUUGGUAGCUUUAUUGAUUGCCAGGGAAAACGAAAACCAGAAAAAUUAAUCUCUAAAAUUAAACUUUACACUGAAUGUUCUUGUUUCUCUAAUUAGAACCUCUGCUAGCAGCUGUGGCUAUGUACACUCACACACUCACACACACCCUCACACCUAUAAGUUUGCACUCCGGAACUGUCAGAGGGUGUCAGGCACAGACAGACUUGAAGUUGCCCAGACAGGCACACGUGUGCGGUCACUCCCAAGCCCCCUUUGGUGCUCUGCUCCGUGCCUGCUUGUUGGAAGGAGUCCCUGGAAGGCGCUCCUAGGCUGUGGUUCCAGCCUGUGACCCACCCUUUGGAAACGGGGCUGGGGGUUCAGUCUGUGGAGGAUGGGCCCUGGGGCUCAGCCUGAGUCCAUCAGGCAGAUCCUCUCAUGGCCUCAUGGGGAGAUGUGAUUCCUGUGGGUGUGGCCCCAGGGCGGGUGGUGGUAGAGUGAUGGGGACUCGUGGAGGGUGCCUGGAAGGUUUCAUGUGUCCUGGGACAAGGGCUUGUGGGGUGGGCUGGGCCUGGCUGGGAAGAAGACAGGUCUCUGUCAACUGGGUGCAUCACACUGUGGCCUUUCUGUCGUGGAUUUCCAAGCGCAAAGAUUGUAUAAAUCAAACUGGUGGAUAAUAAAGUUGCGGAUGACUCACUGA